GAUAAUUAUAUACCUGAGCGAAUAGGUUGCGUUAUGGAUUCAGCGGAAAUUGAGUACAAUUAUCCCAUUAACAUACCAUUCAUACAUCAUUUUAUAAAUGAAGAAUUAACGGUCAACAUGACCGGCUCCGAAUUAGACUCGGUGGAGCCUGUGAUAAACCAUGAAAAACUACCGGUCACUAUGACAUCAGCUAGAUGGCAAAACGCUAUCAAAUCCGAGGGAAUAAUACAAACAGAUGUUAAACGUCUCGCGGAUGCUGUAAGGUCGAAUGGACCUCUACACUUUUCGGAGGCGGAUCAAUUGAGUUUUGAGAUGGGUGAUUGGGACUUUUUCGGAAUAAAUAUAACCGAUGUGAUAAUUUAUGUUUCUUUUGCUCUGGCUGUGAUCGCGAUCAUAUCUAAUAUUUAUGUGCUAACAAAAAUAAAGUUUAUAUUAACUACUAUUCUGUCAAUAAAGAGUGUAAUGAAAGCGGAAGGUCGCCAAUUCAUUGUAAAGUCCAUGCGAGAUACUACUACGAGUCGCACUCCAGAAAAUAUGAAAUAUUUAAAUGUCACCCAAACUUGGUCAAUCAUUAUAUUGACCAUAAUGACAUUUUAUGUACUAGUGAUGAC